AUGAACACUCGACGGGCAAUCCAUGUCUUCCUCGCUGUUCUUGCGCUUUUCCUCCUCGGCACUGUCAUCGUUCUCUCCUCUGUCACUUUCUAUCUUGCAAUAGACCCCGCCGCUUAUCUCGACGAGCUCGACCUAUAUCAGUCUCCAGGCCCCGACAACUCGAAUACCAAUGCUUCAGCACACAGAAUCCCAAAGAUCAUCCACCAGACCUGGAAGACAGACACCCUCCCCCCGCGAUGGCAGCCAAUAUCCCAGGCGUGUCGAGACAUGAUGCCAGACUACGAAUACAUGCUGUGGACAGACGAUUCGUCCAGGGAAUUCAUCGCUCAAAACUACCCUUGGUUCCUUGAAACAUUCGACAGCUACGAGUACCCUAUCCAGAGGGCAGACGCCAUUCGAUACUUUGUGCUGCACCACUACGGUGGCGUGUACAUGGACCUCGACAUCGGUUGCCUACGCCCCAUGGACCCGUUGCUCAACUACCCUGUCAUUUUACCCAAGACAAUCCCUGUCGGGGUAUCCAAUGACCUCAUGUUUGCCGAAAAGGGUCACCCAUUCCUCCUCCAAACCAUCAACAACCUCGUCACCUUUGACCACUCUUGGGUCCUCAACUAUCCUACCGUUAUGUUCUCAACCGGCCCCAUGUUCCUCUCUGCCCAGUAUGGGAUUUACACCACUGCUCACCCAGAUUCCGCCACCAAAGAUAUCCGCAUUCUACCCAAGUCCCUGUACGGCAAGAAUGCAAGGCCCGAGGAAGCGCCUCAUUCCUUCUUCUCCCACUUCUAUGGCAGCAGCUGGCAUGCGGACGAUGCUGCCUUCAUUGGUUUCCUCGGUACCUGGGGCAAGGUCUUGAUGUGGGUCGGCCUCAUUGUGCUCGUCAUCGGUGUCGUCAGACUCCCAAACAAAGCCCAGCGGCGAGGGCUCAGGCGAAUCAGUGGCUAUGAUAUUCAUUUUCCACGCUUAUCGCGUUCAGGUCGAUGGUACCUCCCCCUGGGCCGCUUUUCGUCCCCCCCAUCCCCGGUUUCAACCUCGAGCAGUAGUGAAUCCAUACGACUCUCCGACAGUGACGAAGUUGACAUACUCCAUCUCCCUCUUAGCAUCAGGCCCCCUUCGCCCACCACCUCAGAUCUUGAACCUUAUGCCGGAAGGAACAGUCCCAUCGUUGACGCGUUUCGCCGGAUGAGAAACCGGGUCACAUCAAUCGCGACCUCCGAUCCUCAUGACCAAGCUCCCAUGACUCCUAUUCGACCUCGCCGACAUCGCGGCAUCUUGUUCUUCCUUCCAGCGAUCUUCACCCCCUCCAUGUCACGUUCUCCGCAAGACAUCGAAAUGGAACCCAGUACCCCGCCGCCGGCGUAUUCGAUGCCAUCUCACCGGCACCACCGUUCUGAUGACAAGCAUCCAAACAUAGAGGAUGAUGAACCUCAUGAUUCCCUUCUCCACCCCGCCGUUUUGGAAGAUUCCUCGUCGUCGAGAGAAAGGGAUUUGUAGACAAUUGGAGUGUGUUUUCGUCAUAACCGCGCGAGUACACAGGGCCGGGCGAGCUUAUUGGACACUGCCAUUGACGCUAGCGCUGUUCCAUGAUGCAUCGAUACCCUCGCUUGGCAUUUGUUCAAUUCGGGCCGUCCAACACACGUUCAGUGGGCAUCGACGUGUAUAGAAUAGCUAGGUUUACGAGAACGGACAUUUGGGGAGCAA